CAUCAUCACCUCACAUCUAACUGAAAGGUAAGACACCUGCUGCACUGCUUUUCAUUCAGUGGAGCCCAUGGCUGUGCUCUCCCUCUGUGUGUUUAUUGGUGUUUUUUUCUUCUCCACACAGAACGAUCAGUUGAUCAUCACCAUGAAGACUGUCCUGGUCCUCUCCAUACUUUUCUGUGCUUCAUUUGCAGCUCCGGGUGAAGACAAAGGGAAGGCUCCAGAAGUAUUUGCACCAGAAGAUUCUGUCCCUGCUCCCAGAAAUGCUCGUUUUAACUUGUGUCCAAAUGGCUGGUACAGCCAUGAAUCUCGCUGCUUCCUGUACAGCCAGACCGCCAUGACAUGGCACAGAGCUGAGGAGUACUGCAACAGCCUGGGUGCCAACCUGGCCUCGGUUACCAACCCCAGAGAGUACAGCUUCCUCCAGCAGAUAACACAGAAUGCCCGUCAGAGCAGCAUAUGGCUGGGAGGCUUCCAGCUGCAGGGCCAGUGGAUGUGGAUUGACCGUGAGGGUUUCUAUUACACCAACUGGUAUGGCCAGUCCAGCUCCAGCAGCCACCCCUGUGUCUUCUUACGCAGCAGCAAUGGUUGGGGUAACACCGCAUGUGGCACUUCUUAUACCUUUUUCUGCUCAAAAAGCCCUUUCAGAUGUUAA